GCAGCUUCCACGAAGCCCCCGUCCGAUUCAACAGGCAAAACCCCCCUCACGCUCACGCGAUGGGAGUCGCCGCCUCCGCCGCCCCCCCUCCCCCGGAGGCCGCCGCGCCCGCCGAUCCACCAUCCAAAGAAGAUGCCCAGCAUGCCGCCGCCGCCGCCGCCGCAGCAGCAGCAGCUGCGCCCGCCGAUUCACCGGCAAAGGAAGAGGUCCAGUCCGCCGCCGCCGCCGCUCCCGGCGGCGGGGCGGACGCGGCGGGGGAGACGGUGGUCCUGGACGCCGCCGCGGAGGGCGGCGAGGAGGAGGAAGGGGAGUGCGGGUUUUGCGUGUACAUGAAGGGCGGCGGGUGCAAGGAGGAGUUCGUGGGGUGGGAGAAGUGCGUGGAGCAGGCGGAGGCGGAGGGCAGCGACGUCGUCGAGCGCUGCCACGACGCCACCGCCGCGCUGCGCAGGUGCAUGGACAAGUUCCCGGACUACUACGAGCCCAUCCUCCGCGCCGAGCGCGCCAUGGCCGAGGAUCUCGAGGCCUUCAAGGCCAGCGAAGCCUCCGAGCCCUCCCCCGCCUCGCCGCCGCCCCCGGCGGCCGAGGAGGAACAGGGCGACGAUAAGAAGCAGGCGGAGGCGGUGGUGGCGAAGGAGGAUCUCGCGGCCUGAUCCCGCCGCCUAGGCGUGGGAUCUUGCGAUUUUUUGGUGAGAUUUGAGGCAUCCUAGAUGUGAAUUAUUUUGUUUUACCUGGACGUGAUCUGCAAGGUGGGAGAGGGCGGCCUCUCCAAGAAAAGUUCGAUUCUUUUGGUGGGAAUUAUACACUUGUUCACGAGUUCUAGCUCGUGAACUAAUAUGGAGAAGUGAUCUUGUGCUGUAAUAAUAAUCCAAUGCAUCGAUACUGAUUUGACACGAUUAGCUCUCGUGCUGAUCUUAAUUCUUCAAAUUUGUAACGCUGAUCAUGCGUAGCAAACAAUUGACAAGAAAGUUCGUCCAGUAA